AUGCAUUCCCACUUGGCGAGCUCUCUUUUGGUCGCUGCACUAUCGCAAGCGGGUCAAAAUACCUCAUACGAUAUCUCCAUUGCGAAAACCGCCCCGGCAGGCGCCUCUGCCGUGCCCGCCGACUUCUUCGGGUUUGGCUGGGAGUCGGGUCUGGUGCCCCAUUACAACAACACCUUCUCUGAAAAUAUUGUGAACGAGAUCGGUUCUCGCAUGAGCAAGCCGCUGGUCAUUCGCAUUGGUGGCACCAGCGGUGACCAUAUCUUCUUCAGAGCAGACCAAAAGAAUGCCACCACAUGCACAUCGGGAUGGGCUUGCAAUCUCAACAGCAAAGACACCUUUUACAUCGGUCCCAGCUACUUCGACACGCUCAAGCGGUUCAAAAAUGCCUCGAUGAGCGUCCAGGCCCCCAUGCAGGUCAACCCAGAAAUGAAAAACACCAUGGCUUAUAUCGACCAUGCCUGGAAGGCUCUUGGGCAGGACCGAGUGGACUCUAUCGCUUUGGGGAACGAGCCCAACUGGUACAAGUAUCCCGAGAAUGAGAACUCGGUUGCACAAUAUGUCAAGGCCGGAAAGGAGAUCGAGGAGCGAGUUGUCAAGGAAUACUCCCUCACCGGUGAUGCUGCCCGUAUCUUCCAGGUGGGAGAGAUUGCCAGCCAGGGUGUGAAAUCCGACAAAUUCAGCUUGGAGGACGUUGUCAAAGGCUUCGAUAAGACCGGCCGCAGCAAACUCGCCGCCUUGCAUUUCUAUCAGCUCACGGAGAAAUUCCACGAUAAAUCCAAUUACACUGCCGAGCUGCUACAGGAAAAACUCAUGAACCACACAGUUAUCAAGAACCACCUCAGGCCCUAUGCCAAAGACGCUGCCAAGAUUGGAUCCCUCCCACUCGUAAUAUCUGAGGUUGGUUCUGCUCUUGGCAACAGCCCUGUUUGGUUCGGUGCUGGGUUCGGUGCCGCUAUUUGGGCAGUCGACUUCCAUCUCACGGCCAUGGUCCUCGGAAUCAAACGAGUAUGCAACACCGAAGAGCCUGUCGCGACACACUCUUUCUGGGUUCCCGACCAUACGACUCGUCACACGACUGGACCAGCCGUGCAGGGUGUCUUCCCUGCGGCGGCAUUCAUUGCCGACUUCGUCGGGAAAGACAAACUGGGCAAAGUGUCGGAGAUCGAAUUGGCCGAGGACCAGCUGCUUACUGGGUAUGUCAGUUAUGGGCUCCAGUCCAAAAAGCCCCAGCGUAUUGCUCUCAUCAACAUGCGCGAGUGGCACAAGGGAUCAAAGUACAAUCGGGGUACUGCUAAGGUGACGGUGGAUGUGGGCGAUGGUGUCAAGUCGGCCAUGGCCCGGUAUUUGAGCUCAGAGAGUGGCUCUUUUGCGCGCGGGUAUGACCUUGGUGGCGAAGGGGAAAUUGUCACCUGGGCUGGAGAGCACUGGAGCCACAAAUUGAAGCUGGGUAAGGGCGUGUUUACCUCCAAGCCCCGAGAGCACAAGUUGAACGUGCAGAACGGCAAGGUUAUGGUGCCCCUUCGGGACACCGAGGCUGUCAUGAUCACUGUUGAGUAA